AUGGUCCGUCUUACUUCUGCCGUCCUCGGUUCUGCCGUGGCUGGCCUGGCCAGCGCGGCUGGCGCCGGUUCCAAGGAACAAUACGCCUCGGGUGAGGUUCACCACCGCAUCAUGGGCAUCAAGAUGAUUGACCUCUACCACUUCCUGACCCACGAGCAGCUCGGCAGCUGGGGUGGCCGUGGCUCCUCCUCCUGGGGUUGGACUUCUGCCGAUGGCCGUGAAUUCGUUGCCAUUGGCCAGUACGACGGGACCGCCUUUGCUGAGAUCACCAAAGAGGGCAAGCUCAGCUACGUUGGUCGUCUUCCGCAGUACGACGCCAUUGGCUCCAACUGGCGUGAGAUUCGUAUCGUCGGCGACAUUGUUGUCAUUGGCUCUGAGGCCAUCAAGCAUGGCGUCCAGUUCUUCGACAUGAAGAAGGUCCUCGACCUUGACCCUGCCAACCCCAAGAACUUCACGCAGGCCGAUCUGACCGGUCACUGGGACGAGCUUCCUGUCGGCCGUACCCACAACAUUGUGGUCAACCACGAGCUCAACUACGCCAUCGCUGCUGGCUCCGUCGGUGGCAACGCAACCAUUCGUGUCCGAGACAACCUGCCCUGCCGUGGCGGGUUGAUCUUCCUUGACAUCAGCGACCCAACAAACGUCACUAGCCCUGGGUGCGCUGCCGGCGACGGCUACGUUCACGACGCCGAAUGUCUCGUGUACCGUGGCCCCGACACACGCUACUACGGCCGUGAUAUCUGCUACGGCUACAACGAGGACACUCUCACCAUUUACGACGUGACGAACAAGGUCGGUAACGUCACCAACAUCAUCUCCAUCUCCGACUUCCCUGGCGCCGAGUACAUCCACCAGGGCGUCGUCAACAAUGAGACAUGGCAGGAGUACCUCUUCCUCGACGACGAGUUUGAUGAGCGCGACGCCAAGGUCGGUCCCAUGACCAAGGGUCUUCCCACCACCCACAUAUUCGACAUCCGUGACCUCGAGAAGCCCGUCUACACUGGAAACUACGCUGGCAAGACUCGCUCCAUUGACCACAACCAGUACAUCGUCAACGGUCUCCUCUACCAGUCCAACUACGGCAACGGCCUCAACGUUCUCGACACCAGCAGCGUUACCAAGGACCCUACCGGUGCCAGCAUCUGCGAGGUCGGCCACUUUGAUAUCCACCCCGAGGACGAUGAGGCGCCCGGCGGCGGCGUGGUCGCCUUCACCGGCUCGUGGUCUUCGUACGCCAACUUCAAGUCCGGCUUCAUCUUCGUCCACACCAUUGAGCGCGGCAGCUUCGUCGUCAAGCUGACCUCCAAGACGUGCCCCAAGCCCCCCAAGUGCAGCUCCAACAACUGCAUGCGCGCCCUCCGCGCCUCGCACAUCCCCGGCCGUCUCGAGGAUUCGAUUGAGUUCUGUGGUAACUUCACCGUCCGCCAGGAGACCGACGAAAAGCUCGUGCCGUCCUACGCCGCCAAGGCCUGCGGUGGCGAGAACCGCGAUGUCGUCGAGCGCGUCAGCAGCGCCUGCGCUUGUAUUCCCAAGACGGAGGUGCCUGAGCUCCCCCGGACGACCACCCGUCCCCCUGUGCCCACGGUCCUCCCCCCUUGA